GGAGAAGCUCUUCGGAGUGCCAUGAAAGAAAUGUCGAGCACAAUGCCAAGCGGGCAACAGCCUCAGAAACAUUAUGGCAUCACUUCUGCCAUAAGCCAUGCACCCCCACGAGAUAUAGACCACCAAUACACCAAGAAGCUUAGUGAUGCUAUGAAACCAUUUGGUGUGUUUGAAGAUGAGGAUGAACUGAACCACAGACUUGCAGUUCUUGGGAAGUUGAAUAACUUUGUAAAAGAAUGGAUAGCUGAGAUCAGUGAAUCAAAGAACCUUCCACCAUCAGCAAUAUGUAGCGUGGGGGGCAAGAUAUUCACAUUUGGCUCAUACCGACUGGGAGUGCACACAAAGGGUGCUGAUAUUGAUGCUUUGUGUGUAGCUCCACGCCAUGUUGAGAGAGCUGACUUUUUCCUGUCUUUCUUUGAGAAGCUAAAACAGCAUGAAGAAAUUAAAGACUUGAGGGCUGUGGAGGAUGCGUUUGUACCUGUGAUCAAAUUCAAAUUUGAUGGAAUAGAGAUUGACUUGCUGUUUGCCAGACUGGCCCUGCAGUCCAUACCAGACAACCUGGACCUAAGGGGGGACUCGCUCCUAAGAAAUCUGGAUAUCCGCUGCAUCCGCAGCCUCAAUGGCUGUCGAGUAACUGAUGAGAUCUUGUACUUAGUGCCAAAUAAGGAGAACUUCAGGCUGACACUGAGAGCCAUCAAACUGUGGGCCAAACGCCGAGGGAUCUACUCCAAUAUGCUGGGUUUUCUGGGAGGAGUGUCGUGGGCCAUGCUGGUGGCCAGGACUUGCCAGCUCUACCCCAAUGCUGUAGCUGCUACAUUGGUCCACAAGUUCUUCCUGGUUUUCUCCAAAUGGGAAUGGCCGAAUCCUGUGCUUUUGAAACAGCCUGAGGACAGUAAUCUCAAUUUGCCUGUGUGGGACCCCAGAGUUAAUCCAUCUGACAGAUACCACCUGAUGCCCAUCAUUACGCCUGCCUACCCCCAGCAGAACUCCACAUACAAUGUCUCUACGUCAACACGCACCAUCAUGAGUGAGGAGUUUAAAUACGGUCUCAGUGUCACAGAUGAGAUUCUUCAAGGGAAGGCGGAAUGGUCCAAACUCUUUGAGCCACCAAACUUUUUUCAAAAGUACAAGCAUUACAUUGUCCUGACUGCCAGUGCAUCCACAGAAGAAAACCACUUAGAAUGGAUUGGUCUGGUGGAGUCAAAGAUCCGGGUUCUGGUUGGCAACUUAGAGAGAAAUGAGUACAUUACCCUGGCCCAUGUCAACCCCCAGUCUUUUCCUGGAUCUAAGGACAACCGAAAUGAGAACGACUUUGUGUCCAUGUGGUUAAUCGGCAUCAUCUUUAAAAAAGUGGAGAAUGCAGAGAGCGUCAAUAUUGACCUGACAUAUGACAUUCAGUCAUUUACAGACACAGUGUACAGACAAGCCAACAACAUCAACAUGUUGAAGGACGGAAUGAAGAUUGAAGCGACGCACGUGAAGAAGAAACAACUGCACCAAUACCUUCCUCCUGAGCUGGUUCAGAAGAAGAAGAGGAGCAUAGCAGAGAUGAACCGCAACUCUAAUGGCGGGAGCUCCAAACGGAUGUCCCUGGACAGCAGUCAUCUGGACAGCUCCAGAGACACAGACUCAGGAACUCCCUUUAGCUCCCCCACCAGCAAACCUUCCAAGACUGUCUCAGACACUGAUGACAGCCCCCCGAAGCCUCUGUUUGUGGACAGCUCCCCGGCAUCCAGUGCCUCGCCUGCUGCUAAUGACCAGGGCAUGUCCAUCCCCGUCCUCGGCUCAAAGCCCGCGAUCAAAGUAAAGGCCCCCUCCCCACCAAUGAGUAGCUCCAUUGCCACAGUAAUGAUUGGGACCGUGAAGCCCGAUGCUACCAGCAGCCCCAGAGAGGAGUCCUUGCCCAAUGGCUGUGAGGGUCCCGUCAAUGGAGCUGCAUCGAAGAGACCGCACUCGCCCACACAAGAAGACCAGGCCAAGAGGCACAAAGACACCGAGGUGGCGCCCACUGAUGACUCGGCAUUCAAAGAGCCCAAUCCACCCUCUUCUGACCCCUGCGCUGAGGGAGAUGGACACAGUAUUACCGCUCUUUCGGGGACAAAGACCAAGCCCAUUCCAAUAAUCGAUACCUCAAGAACACAGAGACUUCCCAGCAUGGAGCUUCCAGAUGCUUCAUCGCCCCUCCCAGCCAGCAGCAGCUGUCGUGUGGUGAAGAAUUCCAUCAAACUGGCCCUCAACCGCCACAACAUCACCCCUCCCAAGCCCCCCACAUUCGAGGGUUCAUUAACUACUGAUACCCCCACAGCUGUCGAGGAAAAAGGCAUGUCCAUUCCCGUCAUCGGCUCAAAACAUAUAGUAUCCAAACAGGUGGCUCCCCCUGUCGGCAGCUCCAUCCCCACAUUAGUAAGCCGAGGCAUUGACCCCAUCAAUGGCACGGCCUCCAAGAGAUCCCAUUCACCCUCCAUGGAGGAGCAGGCCAAGAGGUUGAAAGAGACUGAGAAGGCCAGAAUCCACAUCGCCUGAACACUCAGCCAUAGAAUGUAUACCAUAAGUCUGUGGAUUUACAGAGCCAGAUACCUGGGAGAAGAUUUCAGAGAGGGACUUGCUUGUGUUCAGCCAGAAUCUCUAGAGUCAAGCAGCGGAUAAACGCCACACCCUGGUCUUCUCACGUGGUUUUAUUGUGGGGACGUGACCGUUGAUUCAAUCCAACCAGUCUUUUGUUGGUCCAACGCGGUAGCUCCUCUCUGUCGGUACGCUCCGUCACGCUCCCAAAGCCAGGGCGUAUUCCUCCCAAUACCAGGCUCAGCGGAGGCAGUACCUGACACGAGAGCGGUAAAGCUGG